AUGUUUUCAACGUUAGUACGAAGAACGGCAUUGCGAGCGCCUAUAUCUCUCAACGUAAGAAAUGCGUCGACAAAACCUUUGAGGGAGCUAUACAACAAUCCAUACAAGCCGAAGAAGAUCUGGCCGCCCGAUUUCUCGAAGCUUUCCGAGAAGGAAAAGUUCCGGUUCGAACGGCGUUACAAGCGGAGGGUGAAGCUAGCGACUGCGCGGCCGCGGUGGGAUAAGUUUAUUCGGCUGGUACAGCUGUUCAGCGUAACUACUGUCCUGGUCUAUGCGGUCUUAUUCAUGGAGUGGGAAUCCGAGAACCAGCCGUUCAAAGAGAUAAGGGAUAAGUUCUGGAACACGCUGGGCGCAUUCUCGCCCGAAAAGAGAUAUGAGAGACGAGUCCCCGAUAUGCUACCCGUUCCGAAUUCCAAAUAA